GCAGAUGUCGAUCAUUCGGUCACAAACGCAGCAGAUCAGCUGAAGAAGUCGCAGCCCGGAAGUGAGGUUAAACUUUGCUGCACACAGCGGAAAACAGCUGUUGUUUAGAAACAGUUCAGGAUGCCAGGUCAGAAAAGAAGGAUGUCAUCUCCUGAACCUGAAAUUAAGAAGACAAGGAUGGAUGAAAACAUUGUGGCAUCAGAUAAACCUGGUCAGAUACCUCAGAAGCCUAAGAGGGGAAGACCUCCUAAGAGCAAAGGUUUGGAAACGUCGCAAUCGAGAGAAGAGAACGGAAAGUGUGUUCGCCGGUCCUCUCGACUGAAAAUGACACAAAAGAAAGGUGCCAGAGGAAGACGGAGGAAAGCAUCGGGCGCAUCAGAUGCGGUACAACCAAAUGAUCAAUGUUCCAAAGUCUUUAAGAAACCUGGAGAUAAACCAUGUCAGAAUUUGGCUGUCUUGAAAAAAGGAACCAAGAAAUAUGCCCCGAGAGUGAAGAAAGACAAGCCUUCUGUCGCCGAAACGAUCAAAACUGUGACAGCAGCCUUGUUUCCUGUGCAAAUCGAGCACAACUAUGGGCGUUUUCUUGACUCGCAAAGUAAGGAGAUCACGUUACCCCAACCUGAGAAAACCCAUGUGGCCAACAUAGUUGAUUUGCAAUCAGAACUUCCUAACAGUUGCCCACGAGCGAGCAAAGGAUCAGUUGAAGAGCACAAGGAGCUGUCAACAGACCCUAUUGAGAAAAUUACUGUGAGUUUGGAUGCAAAAGUAGAUGUGAUGGCAAAGUCGCCUCCACCUCUAGAAGCACUUUUCAAAGUCAUCCAAGAGACCAGCAUUACGAAGCACACGUUCACUAGAGACAUCUCCGAUUUGGAUGAGCUAGAGGUGGUAAAUACAUGUUCCCUUCAGGAAAAUGUACAAAGCACUGAAAUAUCAGAUGUGGCGAAAGUGUUUCUCCAAGACUCUGAAGCAUUUCUUGAUGAUGAUAUUGAGAUUGAACAUUGUGUCGUUGAGAUUGAAACCUAUGAGGAUUUGGAAAGUGACUCCAUCAGGGACCAGCAAUCUGCUACAAACGUUGAGGAUGAAACGCCAAAUAAAGAAACAACCGAUACUGUGAUAGGUAAGGAGAUUACCUCUUCGUCCCAGAAAAAUGCGACCGACGACUCAGAAGAGCCUCCGAAAAAGCAAGCGAUGAACCCGCAGGCUCGGACGAAGGCGCGUAUUGCCGCCCUGGCUGAGGAGAGGGCGGCUGCUGCCAAGAGACCCCCACCGCGACAGCUCAACCUCUUAGCGCUCUGCGAAGAAAUUGCUGAUGAUAUCGCCUCUGAUGCCCCAGCGGGUUCAGAUGAGAAAGAAGGUGAGCAAGAAAAGGAGGUCAGUGAGCCUAUGGAGGGAAGUGAAACCGAAAGCGAAACAAAAGAAGUGAUGUCGCCAACUGUCUCCGACAAAACUGAGACCCCUGAGCCCCAACCCCAUGAUGGCACGCCCAAAAAGCGCUUUUUCCUCAGUCAAGUGUCACUGCCUAUCAAGUCCCAGGAGAAGAAAUUGACCCGGUAUCAGAGGCUGAGGCAGGUGGAAAUUCAGAGAGAUAAACUAACCUGGACCCGUGUUAAGAAGCUAAAGUCCGAUCAGGUGAGCCAGGCUGCCUCCCCCAAGGAGACUGAAACUGUCUCGCAUUCACCGAGCCAGGCCGCCACCCCUGUUCAGCCUCCUGUCCCAGAGAGCGUGCCCAAAGUGGGUUCAAACGAACCCAGGCGUGCACUGCCUGCACAGGCACCCCCCAUGCCUAAUGGAAUCACCAGCCCAAAACCCAGACCUGUGGUGGAGUAUAAACCCUACACGCCCAGACGCAAGUAUUCACCAGACGAUUUUGAGCUAGAUGGUCUUGAGGAAGAGACGACCAAACCAGCAGCACCCAAAAAUGAGGUCAAACCAGGACAGUCCUCUUCAUCAGCUAAAUUGCAGCUUAAACCAUCAGUGCAGAAGAAGCCAUGUGGUCCCUCCACUGCAGAUACUAAACCGAAACCCUCUCCCCAACAAGAACUUGCCCAGAAGACACAAACAGAAAACAGCAACAGUGAAAAUUCUGGUGUUGAAUAUGCAGCAGAACAACAGAAAGAGGUCAAAAAUGGUUCAAAACCUGAAAUUGCAGCAGCACAAACCGGCAAUGAUGCCGGUCAGAAGGCGUUUGGUGCGGUGACGUGUAACGUGUGUGGGAUGCUGUACUCUCCUACCAGCCCAGAGGACGAAUCUCAACACCUCCUCUUCCACAAUCAGUUCAUCAGUGCUGUCAAAUACGUGGGCUGGAAGAAAGAGAGAAUUCUAGGAGAGUAUCCAGAUGGCAAGAUCAUUCUUGUACUCCCUGACGACCCAAAGUAUGCACUAAAAAAGGUUGAGGAGAUCAGGGAAAUGGUGGACAAUGACUUGGGCUUCCAACAAGUGGAGACCAAGGUCCCUUCACAGACCAAAACCUUCCUUUUCAUUUCAAACGAUAAGAAAGUAGCAGGCUGCCUUAUCGCCGAGCACAUCCAAGAGGGCUACAGGGUUAUAGAGGAGUCUGUGUCAGAGGGAUCGGAAGGAGAGAAGGUGAUGUUUGAGCGUCAGAGGGCCUGGUGCUGCUCUACGGUUCCUGAGCCGGCGCUCUGCGGCAUCAGCCGCAUCUGGGUGUUCAGUAUGAUGAGACGGAGAGGCAUCGCGUCACGCAUGAUUGAGUGCCUCAGGAAUAAUUUUAUCUAUGGGUCUCAUCUAAGUAAAGAUGAAAUCGCUUUCUCAGAUCCCACGCCUGACGGCAAACUUUUCGCCACACAUUACUGUGGAACCUCUAAGUUUCUGGUCUACAACUUUGUCAGUGGCAAUCGCUCAACCUGACAUGACAUGACAACACUGUUUAGUUUGCAAAUAUUUUCUUUUGAGAAGAGGACUGGACUAAGAAGUGAGAGAACACAAGAAAGAAACAGAAACAUCAUAGGAUGUUUUUAAAGGCUCUUUCUGCUAAGAGUGGCGAUCCUCACCAGAGAUAUAGAAUGCAACGUUAGACUUUAAAAUCUAACCCCUCACGUUGGCCAGUUGACAUAUUUUAAAUAAGACUACACAGUAGCUUACACCCGUUGCAUUGUCCGGUGAAAGACAUCUGAAAUGUUCUCUCAGGUUUAGGUUGCAGCCUGUCUUAGGACUCUCCAUUUAGUGGAAGCCAUGUUGUCCAGUGCACAAAUGCAAAUUCAGUGUGCUUCUUCCUAAAACAUACCGGAAGAUGUGUGAACUUUACUACUGUAAGCAAUGCCUCGGUCAGGAGGCAACUUCUUUUGAAUCUCAGGUUGAAAAUCAUGAAUUUGUCAUCAGAAAUGCCCUUUAACCCCUACAUAAUGUCAACUAUUUUAAAAAAGAGUGUAUUUUCAUGAUACAUUGUGUUCCAUGUGCAUUUUAAAGAGGUUUACAUGCAUGGCAUUGACAGAUGAUUUCGUCGCUGGGAUUGCACAGCACUGUGAAGAAUGAAUUUGAUUAAUUUGUUUCUAAAACAUUAGUUUAAUAAUCCAGUGUUUGCCAAGUCAUAGUAUUCCAUCUCAUUUUAAUAUUUUAGAAGGAUUUUAUGUAUGUAUAUGUAUUUUGAUUGAAUUAUAUUAAUUUACCCCUGGAAAUGACUACAGAUUUUUUUUUUUAUCUGUACAUCACUUUGUGAACACUGACACAAAGACUUAAAAUCACUUUAAAGAACGCUUUGUUUGGUUUAUAAAAAAUAUAAAGAUUAAUACAGUUUUUCUCCCUGCAAUAAUACAUUUUAUAAGCCUCAUUAAUCCAUCAGAACAACUGGGUUAAUAUUAUUAGCUUUUAUAUAUAUAACUUUUAGGUUUUUACAUUAUUGGUCAUACAAUAUAGUCUUAAAGGGAUAGUUCAC